UGGAUUUUUGUAGGCAGAUAGAGUGCACACGGUUGCUGGUAAACAUCUCGCUGGGUUUGAAACAAAGUUUCUAGUUAUUGUAUAUUAUAUCCUCGCACGUCCAACAUGGCUUGGACAAAGUAUCAACUCUUUCUUGCGGGUCUUAUGCUCACAACCGGCUCUAUUAACACGCUAUCAGCAAAAUGGGCUGACAUGUUCUCCGCAAAGGGUUGUAAAGACUCCCCUGAACACGCAUUCGCCCACCCAUUUGUACAGGCCGUAGGGAUGUUCCUGGGGGAGCUCAGUUGUCUGGCUGUCUUCCACAUGCUGCUUUGUCACGACAGACGGAGACCAGAGCCCAAGAUGAACACGGGCCAGAGCUUCAACCCCCUCCUUUUCCUUUCCCCUGCCCUCUGUGACAUGACCGCAACCUCCAUCAUGUAUGUUGCUCUGAACAUGACGAGCGCCUCCAGCUUCCAGAUGUUGCGCGGGGCAGUGAUCAUCUUCACAGGCCUGCUCUCGGUGGCCUUCCUAGGGCGCCGCCUGGUAGCCAGUCAGUGGACAGGCAUCCUCAUCACCAUCCUGGGGUUGAUAGUGGUGGGCCUGGCUGACUUCAUGAGCGGACACAAGGACGACUCUCACAAACUUAGCGAGGUCAUCACUGGUGACCUUCUGAUCAUCAUGGCCCAGGUCAUUGCUGCUGUCCAGAUGGUUCUGGAGGAGAAGUUUGUCUACAAGCAUGAUGUUCAUCCUUUACGGGCAGUGGGCACUGAAGGGUUCUUUGGCUUCUUCAUCCUCUCGCUCCUCCUCAUCCCCUUUUUCUACAUCCCGGUGGGCAGCUUCAGCAACAACCCCCGCCAUGUCCUUGAGGACGCGCUGGACGCCUUCUGCCAGAUCAGCCACAACCCCAUGAUCAUCCUGGCAUUGCUCGGUAAUACAGUGUCCAUCGCCUUCUUCAACUUUGCCGGCAUCUCUGUCACCAAGGAGAUCAGUGCCACCACGCGCAUGGUGCUGGACAGCCUGCGCACUGUGGUCAUCUGGGUGGUCAGUCUGGCUCUGGGCUGGGAGCAGUUCCAUGGGUUACAGGUGUUGGGUUUCAUUGUGCUGUUGGUGGGUGCGGCACUGUAUAAUGGGCUUCAUCGCCCCGUGCUAGCAAGGAUUCUGUGCUGCGCCAGUGUGGAGGAGGAAGAAGUCAACCCAGUGGAGAGGACGAGAUUGCUGGACGAGGGAAGGGUGCAGGAAGAGGGCUAACUGACCUGAUAUGAUGACCUCGCAACAUGCUGAAAGUGUGUGUGUGUAUGACAUGUAGAUAACAUAACCCUGUCGUACUCCACACCAUGCGUGUGUGACAUAGACAACACAUUUCUCAGAUAACUACAUGACAAUAUCUUUAAAUUCCAGGUGACAUAUUGAUAGGAUCUUGGACUAGCCCUCCUCAAGGCUUGUUGCAGCAUCGGUUAAAUGUGUCAGUGGUGGCAGGCAUCUUAUAUAUCCCCAAAAGGUUAACCAUAACAUUGUUUGAUAGAGUGCGCUACUGUGGUCAUUGCAAAAGUAUUCAUCCCCCUUGGCAUUUUUCCUAUUUUGUUGCCUUACAACCUGGAAUUAAAAUAGAUUUAUGGGGGGUUUGUAUCAUUUGAAUUACACAACAUGCCUAACCCUUUGAAGAUGCAAAAUAUUUUUUUGUGAAACAAACAAGAAAUAAGGCAAAAAACAACUUGAGAGUACAUAACUAUUCACCCCCGCAAAGUCAAUACUUUGUAGAGCCACCUUUUGCAGCAAGUAUUUUGGGGUAUGUCUCUAUAAGCUUGGCACAUCUAGCCACUGGGAUUUUUGCCCAUUCUUCAAGGCAAAACUGCUCCAGCUCCUUCAAGUUGGAUGGGUUCCACUGGUGUACAGCAAUCUUUAAGUGAUACCACAGAUUCUCAAUUGGAUUGAGGUCUGUGCUAUGACUAGGCUAUUCAAAGACAUUUAAAUGUUUCCCCUUAACCACUUAAGUGUUGCUUUAGCAGUGUGCUUAGGGUCAUUGUCCUGCUGGAAGGUGAACCUCCGUCCCAGUCUCAAAGAAGUCUCUGGAGGACUGAAACAUUUUUUUUCUCUAAGCAAUGGUAUUUUUUCUGGACACUUUUCUGUAAAGCCCAGCUCUGUGGAGUGUACGGCUUAACAUUUCUAGGGCAGGCGUUCAGCUAGCGGAACCCCUCGACAACAUUCCUAUGAAAAGGCAGUGCGCAAAAUUGAAAAAAUAUUUUUUGAAAUAUAACUUUCACACAUUAAAACCUCUUAGAGCUCCCCCUCUAUACUGCCCCUGUUGGAGAAAGUGCGUGCCCAUAGUAAACUGAAAAUAUUUUUCCCCAAAAUUGCUAAUAUAUGCAUAUAAAAAAUAUUAUCGAAUAGAAAACACUCUAAAGCUUCUAAAACCGUUUAAAUUUUGUCUCUAUGUAAAGCAGAACUCUCAGGGCAUGCAUUCUCCCAAAUGCUAUCUUGUCAUGGAGAAAGUUGGCCCAACUUUGACGUCAUCUCACACGCACUUCCCAAACAGCUACCGCCCUGGGAACAGUCUGUAUGUGUUCAGUGCGAAGCCUGCUUUCAAUGGGGCUUCUCAUUGUGAGAAUCGCGCGCUCACGGGAGUUUGAGCGAGCUGAAACCUCUCGGCCACGCUAAAAAAAAGGUGACUGUUACGCGCGCUCUGGCCGGGCGAUGUCCUUUCUUCAGGAUCGAUUAAACGACGUGUGUGUUUCUGUUCGCCCUCACGAUUUCUGUGCACCUUUAUAACAUGUUAAAGCUUAAUUAUGAAUAUAGUUUGACAAGUUUACUCGACAUAUAAUAUGUACUUUCGGCGUUUUGGUGCGCAUCCACUUGAAAUUUGCCUACAUUUCGACCGAAAUGUGCCGUUUUUGAGAACCGAAAGACAGACUUGAAAACUGAACGCUGAUUUGGUAAGUAUAAUCCCUUCCAGGUCUUCUGAUGGAAGAACAGCAAAGGUAAGGGAAUAUUUGUGUUAAUUUUGGGUUUCUGUCGACUCCAAGAUAGAGGAGGGAUACUGCUAAUGUUGGAGCGCCGACUCCUAGUAUAGCCUAGUGAACGCAACCUGUAACGUUAAAAAUAAAUGUAACACAGCGAUUGCAUUUAGAAGAAGUGUAUCUAGCUAUACAUAUGUAAAACAUGCAUAUUUAGUCAAAGUUUAUGAUGUGUAUUCCUUGUUAGCUGACGUUAUCUGCCGGAGCUAUUUAAUUUCUCCUGACAUUGUAGUAGCAUUUUUUGAACGAUGCGUCAUUGUAAACAGAGAUUUAUGGAUAUAUAUUGCAGAUUAUUGAAAAAAAUGAAUGUACUGUGUAACAUGUUAUAUUACUGUCAUCUGAUGAAGAUUUCAAAAGGUUAGUGAAAUUAUUUUUCUUUUAAUCCUGCGUUUGUUGAUUGCAUAUUUUUUCCUACUUGGCUAUGCUAAUGAGGUAUGUCUGCGGUGGUGGUUGGACAUAAAUAUGUGCUAUGUUUUCGCCGUAAAACAUUUUAGAAAUCUGACUUGCUGGGUAGAUAAACAACUUGUUUAUCUUUCAUUUGAGCUAUUUUACUUGUUAAUGUGUGGAGGUUAAAUAUUUUUAGGAAUAUUUUUUCGCAUUGUGCGUUAUGCUAAUGAGCUUGAGCCCUAGUCACGAACCCGGAUCCGGUAUUGGUGGACUAUGAGGUUAACAAGUCCAAUACAGCAAAUGAACGAAACCUCUUGUUAAUCUACCCAUCGUGUCCGUUUUCAAAAAUGCUUUACAGCGUAAGCACAACAUAUGAUUGUUAGAUCACCGCCAAGUAAAAAAAACACAGCCAUUUUUCCAGCCUGGAGUCACAAAAAGCAGAAAUAUAGAUCAACUGAAUCACUAACCUUUGAUCUUUAUCAGAUGACACUCAUAGGACAUCACGUUACACAAUACAUGUAUGUUUGGUUCAAUAAUGUGCAUAUUUAUAUCCAAAAAUCUCAGUUUACAUUGGCACGUUACGUGCAGUAAUGUUUUGAUUCCAAAACAUCUGGUGAUUUUGCAGAAAUACUCAAAACAUCGAUAAAAUUGUACAAUACAAUUGUUAUUCACAGAAUUAAAGAUAGACUUCUCCUUAAUGCAACCGCUGUGUCAGAUUUUUAAAAAACUUUACAGAAAAAAGCAUAAUCUGAGAAUGGCACUCAGAGCCCAAUCCACCCAGAGAAAUAUCUGCCAUUUUGGAGUCAACAGAAGUCAGAAAUAACACCAUAAAUAUUCACUUACCUUUGAUCUUCAUCAGAAGGCACUCCCAGGAAUCUCAGUUCGACAAUAAAUUACUGAUUUGUUCCAAAAAGUCAAUUUAUGUCCAAAUAGCCACUUGUUGUUAGCGUGUUCAGCCCAGUAAUCCAUCUUCAUGAGGCGCAAGCACUUCGUCCAGACAAAAACUCAAAGUUCCGUUACAGGUCGUAGAAACAAGUCAAACGAUGUAUGGAAUCAAUGUUUAGGAUGUUUUUAACAUAAAAUAUCAAUAAGCUUCCAACCUGAGAAUUCCUAUGUCUGAAAAAAGGCACUGGAAUGAGAGGUAACUCUGUCAGGAGCAUGCGUCACGAGCCUGAGACACUCUGCCAGACCACUGACCCAAACAGGUCUCAUGAGCCACUCCUUUAUAGUAGAAUCCUCAAACCAGUUUCUAAAGACAGUUGACAUCUAGUGGAAGCCGUAGGAAGUGCAACAACCAAUAUCCCACUGUAUCUUCAAUAGGGGCUGAGUUGAAAAACUACAAACCUCAGAUCCCACUUCCUGGUUGGAUUUUUCUCAGGUUUUUGCCUGCCAAAUGAGCUCUGUUAUACUCCCAGACAUCAUUCAAACAGUUUUAGAAACCUCUUCAAUUUCUUUUUCAAGUUAUCUUCUGUGGAGCUUGGUCUCUUUGUUGCCUCUCUGAUUUAAUGCCCUCCUUGCCUGGUCCGUGAGUUUUGGUGGGCGGCCCUCUCUUGGCAGGUUUGUUGUGGUGCCAUAUUCUUUCCAUUUUUAAUAAUAGAUUUAAUGGUGCUCUGUGGGAUGUUCAAAGUUUCAGAUUUUUUUAUAACCCAACCCUGAUCUGUACUUUCCACAACUUGUCCCUGACCUGUUUGGAGCGCUCCUUGGUCUUCAUGGUGCCGCUUGCUUGUUGGUGCCGCUUGCUUAGUGGUGUUGCAGACUCUGCGGCCUUUCAGAACAGGUGUAUAUAUACUGAGAUCAUGUGACACUUAGAUUGCACACAGGUGGACUUUAUUUAACUAAUAAUGUGACUUCUGAAGGUAAUUGGUUGCACCAGAUCUUAUUUAGGGGCUUCAUAGCAAAGGGGUGAAUACAUAUGCAUGCACCACUUUUUUAUUUAUUAUUAUUUAUAUAUAUAUAUAUUUAUUAUUAUUAUUAUUUUUUUUUUCACUUCACUAAUUUGAAAUAUUUUGUUACAUGAAAUCCAAAUAAAAAUCCAUUUAAAUUACAGGUUGUAAUGCAACAAAAUAGGGAAAACGCCAAGGGGGAUGAAUACUUUUGCAAGGCACUGUAAUGGGUUUACUAUGGUUUCUUAGACUUAACUAAUAUUGGAUUCUGGGAUAUGGUAAUACACUCGUUUUGAGUUGAUUUAAUUUUUAAUGUUUUGGUCUUGGCCAGUGUCAUUUGGUUUGGUGGCUCUCACCGCUGUUUUUCAAUUGGGAAAAUGGACUUGUGUUCAGCCCUGGCAUUUGUACUGACCUCUUAUUUCUGAUUUCCCCUGGUGUGAAAUCAUGGACAUGUAGUAACUUGGACAAUAUAUUGCAUAUGGCACCAGUGGGCUGUUGGUUCCAUGCUUUUUCAAAUGUUUUUCAUUGUUGCAAUGUACAUUUUACUAAUGUGUCACUAGUGACAUAACAUAAAUACUAUGUCAGCCAUUGGACUUUUAGUACAUUUUUAGGGCUUUAAAUUAAAAACCACAAAUUAAAAGUUAGCUGAAAUGUUCCCCACUGAACACUUGUUGCAUAAUGACUGAUAUUGUGUGAGUGUCACUACCAUAAGUAUGCUUUGGGAUCUGUGAUUCAAUAUUUCCUGCAUGAUUUUACCUGUGAGGUUUUCCCCUGUUUUAUUAUCAAACAAUUGCAAUUGUUCUGGAUAUAUUCAUUGACUGACACAUUAUCACAUGUAAAAAAGAAAAUGGUUAUAAAGUCUAUUACUAGCCCAUGCUUCUUGGUACAUAGUUUUCUAUCAAUGGAUAGCGUGGGUGAAUAUUGCUGGCGCUACCCCUAAGGCUAAGCCAUAGAUUAAGUAGGUUAGUUGAACAGCAUAUCAAGCUCUCAGUAAGUGAAUGGAAACUGUUCUCAGGACCAAGAUUCCUAUGUAGGUUUUUGUAAGACUUAUGUUGCACUUUUUAAUUAGGAUGUACAUUUGCUUGGGAUUUUAAAGUGCCAUGUGAACAAUGUUGACUGGAUGUAUUGAACUUGGCUCCAGUUAAAUGUUUUUUUAAAUAAAAAUGUGGAAAUGUUAUAAGCA